CUGUGUGUGUGUAUUGUUGUGAAUGUGUACGUAGGAACAUACAGACAAAUAACUUUUCGUUGCUAAUCGAUAACGCAAACAAAUCUUUUCCAUCACAGAAUGGGCCAUUCCAUGUGAAAAGCAGUGUUGUGGGUGAAAAAUUCAGGUGCUUUUGUUUCAAUUUGGGUGCAAUAUUAAGAAAUUACAAUGGAUCGUGCCAUCAAAACCCGAAGUAACCUAUCGAACACAAAAAAUGAAUGUGUCCAAGUGGUGGUACGAUGCCGGCCGCUGAACAACAAGGAAUUGACUGGAAACUUCCAAAAAGUGGUCGACGUUUUUCCUAGUCGAGGUGUCAUCGAAAUCCUGAACUGCAAUGAAGCUUCGAGAGAAAACAAAAAGAUGUUUACGUACGAUGCUGUGUACGAUUGCCUCUCUACCCAGCAAACGAUCUACGAUGAAGUGGUACGUCCGCUGGUUUCAUCCGUUAUGGAAGGAUUCAAUGGGUGUGUCUUCGCGUACGGUCAGACUGGCACGGGCAAAACGCACACGAUGGAAGGCAUCAAAAACGAUCCCGAGCAAAAGGGUAUCAUACCACGGGCGUUCGAACAGGUAUGGGCACAUAUAAAUCGCGCACAGAACAUGAACUUCCUGGUGGCAGUUUCGUAUUUGGAAAUUUACAUGGAGGAAUUGCGCGAUCUGUUAAAACCGAACUCAACCUCCUCGCUGGAACUGCGCGAGCGGGAUGGCGGUAUCGUGGUCCCGAACUUGCACUCCGUGUUGUGCAAAAGCGUCGAGGACAUGCUGAACGUGAUGCAUCAGGGCAACAAAAACCGUACGGUCGGGUUCACCAACAUGAACGAGCACAGUUCCCGUUCACAUGCGAUUUUUCUGAUUAAGAUUGAAAUGUGUGAAGCAGGGUCGACUCUAGUCAAAGUGGGCAAGCUGAAUCUGAUCGAUCUGGCUGGCAGUGAACGGCAGUCGAAGACGGGUGCAACUGCGGAACGGCUGAAGGAAGCAAGCAAAAUCAACCGGGCGCUCUCAUCGCUGGGCAAUGUAAUUUCGGCGCUGGCAGAAAAAUCUCCCCACGUCCCGUACCGCGACUCAAAGCUGACGCGCUUGCUUCAGGAUUCGCUAGGAGGCAAUUCAAAGACUAUCAUGAUAGCGAACAUUGGUCCCUCCGAGUUCAAUUACAACGAGACGCUGACCACACUACGAUACGCUCAUCGGGCCAAGACGAUCGAAAACAAACCGGUGAAGAACGAAGACCCGCAGGAUACUAAGCUGCGCGAGUACCAGAACGAGAUAGCGGAGCUGCGUAAGCUUAUAAGCGAAAGGCAGAAGCGGGAAAGAACGGUACACAGGGAGAAGAAAGCUAAAAAGAAAGCGACGCGUGUCAAGCGCGAACCGAGCCUGACGCAAUCAGAUGAGAAAUCUGACUCGGAGGUCGAGGAGGAGGAAGACUGUGAGAAGGAGAACGAGCAGGAUUUCAACGAGCUGGACACAAAAGCCAAAGAAGAGCUGAUGAAGGAACGCGAAGCAACCGCAGCAUUGGCCUCAAAGCUCCAAGAGCUAGAGGGACAACUAGUCAAGGGUGGCAAGAAUAUUUUGGACACUUACACCGAGCGGCAGUUUGAGUUGGAGAAAAAGCUGUCUGAAAUUGCGGAACGAAAGAAGAGGGAAAUCGAAAUGCAGCAACAAUUGGAACUGCAAGAAGAAUCUACGAUGGAAAUUCGCGAAACGUUUACCUCGCUCCAGCAGGAGGUAGAACUAAAGACGCGUAAGCUAAAGAAGUGCUAUGCCAAAUGUAUGGCACUGAAGCAGGAGCUACAGGACACUCGCGAUGAGCAUAACCGGGAUAGGCGUGAGCUGGAAAUGACACAAAAUGAGCUGAUCAAGGAGCUGAAACGUUUGUUGCUAAUCAUUGACAACUUUGUACCGGCUGAGGUGAAGUCACGAUUAUACACGCAGGCCAAGUACGACGACGAGGCCGAAGAAUGGUUCCUUAAUGGAAGCAUGAUGCUGAACAACCACCAAAUGCUGACACGCCCAGUCGCUGAUCCGAGUCGGAGACGACCGAUGAGUGAGUAUGCUCUGCAGAUGAUUAAAACGAAGUCUAGCGAUGCAAUCCGCUAUAAGGGAGAGAACAUACUUGACUACGAGCUGGACAUGCCACUCAGAACAACUUACGAAUACUCGAAUCCGAAAGUGUCGGCUUCAUUGCAAGCGGUUCUGGCAGAAGCAAUGCAAACCGAGGAUGAUAUUGACAUCACCGAUCAGUCAAACUAUGCGAGCAUGAUGAAGAUGCGUCUCGAUCAGAUCACCAAGCGAAACGUACAGGAACACGCAGCAAGUGCUACAACAGGUAGUGCUGCCGGAAGUAGUGGUAUCAUGGGCGGCAGUACUGGCAGCGUGUCAGGUGUGAAUGGCUCGACUGGAAGUGUCCAUAUUGGCAGCGGAAUAAUGACCGCUGGUGGUAGUAGCACUAGCCGAGCCCGGUCCUCGGUAUACAACCGUGGUAAAUCAGCGGCCCCUGCAUUCGGUGCGCACUCUGCGGCACCGGUAAAGAAAGUAUCCACGUCGGCGCUUACGUCAAGCAGCCAUGGAGGCACCGGUGCAGGAGCGGGCCAUAUGUUCCCGAAAGCACGCGGUCUCAUACCAAAGUAGAGACUGCGCGACGGUGAAACUGAAGUACUCAUCUAGAUAUCAUCAUCGUCAUCAUCCAUCAUCAAAACAUAGAACGGAUCAUCGUUUAAUCCCUCAAUCUAAGAAUAUGAUAGAUGAUCUCGCUUUGCUAUGCUUUAGUGCUUCAAGUGGUAUUACUAUGUCUGAACGUACUCCAGCUGUCGGAGUAUCGACUCAAGUUUCCCACAAUUAAUUUGUUUAGUUUGCACGAAACGACGGAUGAAAGAUGAAUGCAGGAAAGUUUCACUCACGCGCGCGCUUGUAUCAUUACACAAAACUAGUAAUAUGACACAAAGGUUUGAAAAUACUCGAAGCAAGGAUAUAAAAACACGGAAUGAACGGUACUGUAAUAGAUAUCUUGCAAAAGUAUUGCAUUGCACAGUUUGAGAUAGCCGAACAAAGUUAAGUCAAAACAGCUAUAUGAAAGGUAGCAGAAAACGGUCGAAUGGUAUUGGAAGAAAAUAUGAGCGAAACAUCAUACGCAAUUCAAUUUAAUCAAAAUGAAACUAAAUCGUAAACUAUGACAGUGUAAGAUUACGCAAAAGACGCCACUGUGUUAUGUUAGAAAGGUAUUAAGAAAAGCUGUGCCUAGGAAUAUUGUUAUUUUACGCUUCUUUUCUAAAUCUCUUAAUUUUGGGACAACUAAUUCGUUCAAAUCGCUAAACGUAAUACGUGUUGUGUGUAUUCCGAUAAACAUAUUUAUGUUAGUUACUUAAUAUUUAGUUCUAAUUUGUGUUGAUUUCAGUCGGAUUUGUAUUGCGGAAAGUGUUAAACUCCUUGGCUUGAUUUAAUUAAUUUUUAAGUUACUAAUAUUUGGUAUCGGUUACGUUUACAAUGCAAAAAGAUUAUUAUGUUUUUUGUUGGUUCAUUUGUGUUACUCCAUGUCCUGUGUGUUUGAUGUUUUCAUUGUAAAUACGUUCAGAUAUUUUGUGCGCGAUUUCCGCUGUACUUUCCAAGAAAUAGUAAACAAUUACAUAAUUGUUUACUAUUUUUUUGUGAAUUUGUUGGAAUCAUGUUUUUGUUUGAAAUAUGUUUUCUUUUGAUUUUGUACCCAUUGUUAAGUUGUAUGUAUUUCAGCAAAGAAGCCGUACCUUUAUAUCCACCGAGAAUAGAAAUAGUAUUUCUGUCAAAUUACAGUAAACAUUUUUGAUUGAUUUUGGAAAGGAGUGUUGCGGUUAACUCACUUCACCACAAGGCUGGAUAAAAACAGUCACACGUAGGGCAAAAAAUGCUUUUAAAAAUUGAUCAAUAUGUGCUGAUUUUCUUCACAACCAUGAUAUCAGCUACUAACUAAAGGUAUGAGCAUUCAAGAAUAGAAGGAACGAUGUUGUAGGUGUAGCUCCCAAGACUUAAGCUCACAGGGUGCAAUUAGUUUAUGAUACGGUAUCUUGCAUAACGGCAACAUACGCUAUUUUAAUGUGAUUACUUUUCUUAGGGCAUCAACCUUGAAUUCAUAACUGAAUGCUAUUGAAACUUUGUCGGCUCGUUCAAUCCUCCCUUUAACCUUAAAAAUGCACCAACGAACCUUUGAAUUUUAUGUUAACCAUUCACUUUUGAUACAUGCUAUUUCUGAAUACUAGUUGGAUUUCCUUCCAGAGAUUAAUCCAAUCCUAUCUCAUAUGCAAGGUCAUUUUUCUAAAGAUUACAAUGCAUGCAAUGUUGUGAAUUGCUAUGAGAUUCUGGCAGGGUAACUGAUGAUAUGAUGGAAAAAUAAGUGAAGAAGUGUAGCAAAAUAAAGAAAAUAGUGUGCAUGAUGUUUGUAAGCUUUUCAGGGGUUUCUCUGGAUGCUGGUUUUACUGGGGUAAACUACGGAAUUAUAGUUAUCAUCAAAGGAUAGGGAAAUAAAAAGAACGUAUUAUUCAAAAUAUAAAGAAAGCACUAAAAGAUA